CGUGCAAAACCUUUACCUAAAAUCUUGAAUUCCACACCAGCUUUCAAAAAUAUCGAACAUCUUUUUGCAUGUCCUUGUUUGCUAGAGAGGCAAGUUAUAACGUUAGCUAUCUGGACACGUUCAGGACAGUCUGUCAGCUAAUAGCCGAUAGGUGGCCACAGAGAACUGUACAGCAGAGCGCCCCUCUGCCGAGUCUACCACUGGAGCUGAAACCCACUCAGUCUGACGACGCAGCGCCACCUGCUGGAGAGCAAUGAGCCAGGCCCUGCAACCAGUGGGUGCUGACCCCACGGUGCUGAGAGAACAACUCUUUGACCUCUGGACCAGGAAGGAGCUGGAAGCACUGCGAGCCGCAGCUUCCAAAGGCUUCUCAAACUUCCAGCGUCCAUUAGAGGAUCUGCUGUGUGUCCUGGAGGGCUGUCCUGGCAGGCAGAAAGGCAAGGCCAACACCAUGGGCCACGGCAUACUCAUGGAGUUUGGGAACUGGAGACGCUCCAACCCUAAGGUGACUCUCCAGUCCGUCCCGGAGGCCUCUAAACUGGGGCUUCAGCGCCGUGCCCUCAGCCUCCUCACAGAUGCUCAGCCCACCUUUAUGGAUCCUCUCAUAAACAUUUACCAACUGGGCACCCUAGACCGGAACAUCUUGAGACUACAUAUAAGCAGACUGCAGUCGCUCAACUGCUAUAGGGAGGCGGCGCUGCUAAGUAUGAAACUGGAGUUUCAGAAAGAAGUGGAUAUGGAGGAGAUGUGUGUGCCCCUGAUCCUCCAGGACAAACUUCCUAUAGCCGAGUCAUAUGUGAGCGGUCACCCGGAAAUGGAGGAACACAUGGUAACACUGCUUGACUCCUGGUGUCACCCCAACUUCAGUGUGGAACAACUCUGCAGGCAGUUCCCCCGUCUGUCCCUCUCCAAACAUCAAAAAGACCAAAUCCAGCCAAAGAUGCUCAGCAAGCAAGUGUUUCGGUUAAUGGAGAAAUUUAACAUCAACCCAGGCCUGUGUCCUAACGCAGUGUACAAGCGUCGGUCAGACUCCCUGCGGUUCCUCAUGUACAAACGUUUUGUGGAGAAGGGUAUGACUGAGGAGAACUGGUACGACCAUGUACAGUCCACAGUAGCAGAUGAUCCCGAGCUGCAGAUUCAGUUGGUGGAGCUGGUGGUCAGAUAUGACAGUUUGGUGAACGCUGCCCAGUGGUCAAUACGCUACGGCCUCCCCAAAGACCGACUGCCCUUCCGGGUUUGGAACACAAUGCAGAGCCUGCCGCCAUCGUUGAGAGAGGUGGGUAAAGGCUGCAGUGCGGAGACGUGGGACCCGCCCAAAUCCCACCAAGACAGGUUCUACCAGCUGCCGAUCACCAGGGAGCACGUCCACUUACUGAAGACGCCGGAGGAGCUGCAGUGCUGCAUAAAGACUGUGCUACAGCCCGGUUCUGUGGUCGGUGUGGACAUGGAGUGGCAGGCCAGGUUCGGUGCUGUGUCUCCCCAGCAGCAGGUCUCUCUGAUCCAGCUGGCGGUAUCAGGACAGGUCUUCCUGUUGGACCUGUGCACCCCCGGGUUCUCCCAACACGUUGACAUGGUGGCCUUCAUCAGGGGUCUCUUCUCUGACCCCACAGUCCUGAAGCUUGGUUAUGGGAUGGCUGGAGACCUGAAGUGUCUUCUGGCUACAUGGCCCCAGUUCUCUAAAGAAUCUCUAAAGAUAGAAGGACUGUUGGAUCUGCUUCCCGUUCACCAAAAGAUUCAACGCAGUGCUAGCAGUCGCGGUGGUCCCCGUGGGGUGUUAGUCGGGGAGGGCCCGGCCGAGAAGGGUCUCAGCCUACUGGUCCAGCAGGUUCUGGGACGACCGUUGGAUAAGAUGGAACAGCUGUCGAACUGGGAGAGACGACCACUGAGAACAAGUCAGCUACGCUAUGCAGCUGUCGACGCAUACUGUCUGCUGGACAUCUACUCAGCCCUCUCCCAGGACCCAGCGUGCUUCGGGCUGCCCCCGGAUCUCCGCUCCAUCUCUGCCGUUCAGACAGAGAAGAAGAAGAAAGAGGAGAGGAGAAAGCAGACCAAGCGCCGAGGGGAGCACCAGGAUGACUCGAAGGCCUCAGCUCCAACUCCGACUUUAGGCCCGGAAAAGAGCCCCCAUCGCGGGGUAGACAGCCAGUGUCCCCCUGUGUCCCCCCAGCAGUUGCGCGUGGUCUGCGACAACAUGCUUCAAGGUCUGGGCCGCUACCUGCGCUGUCUGGGGGUAGACGUCCUGAUGUUGGCAAACGACGACGACCACAGAGUGGCUGCGCAGCUGGCCCAGGAAGAGGGACGAGUCAUACUGACCUGUGGUCAACCCUACCAAACUCUUAAGUCCCAGGUGGGAGAAGGCCGCUGCAUUGCAUUGGACUGUUCUGAGAAGGCCCGAGACCAGGCAGUAAGAGUCCUCAGACACUUCAACGUCCAGCCAACGCAGUCGGACAUAUUCAGCCGCUGUCAGGUGUGUAACAGCAACCAGUACCUGAAGCUCCCUAGAGAAGACAUGACACGCAUGCUAAAGGAGAAAGGCUUUCUACAGAACCACCAGCAGCCUCCUGUUCCAUCGGAUGGAGAUAUCUGGGAUGAACAGCUGGAUACUCUGACAUUGCCCACCCUGUCCACACCCCUAUCCCCGACCCCCUUGCUGGCCCAAGGGGCCCUGAGGUACUCCCCUCACUGUCGCUGGGCCCCACUGUCAGACUUGGACCCUGAGAGCCUUACCUUCCCUGGGGGAGCAGUGUUACAGCUCCACACAGUGCCCUCUGGCCUGCUACCCAGGAUUCCCUUCUUCUUUAUCUGCACCGGCUGUGGCAAGGUAUUCUGGGAAGGGUCCCACUUUAGCAGGGUCCUGUCACAGUUUCAGGAAGUGUUGUGUAUCACUCGGAAUACUGAAGAGACUAGCUAAUUAUCAAACCAGUCUUAACCCCCCCCCCCCCCCCCCCCCCCCCCAAACUAUCUCAGUUCAUCAGGCAGUUAAACAAAAGGCCACUGACUGCAAAAGACCUACCAGAAUGAUUACCGUCAUCACACAACUGAUUUUCAGUUUCCCCUCCAUUUCUUUUUUAUGUAGGACUGUUUUCUAUACCACACAAUGUUCUACACAGACAGUAUGUUGUUAGAAUUGAAUGAACAUUCGCUUUAACUAGGAUGUUAUGGUUUAAAUGGCUGAUUUUGUCUUUCUGUGGAAGAUAGUUUUUAUGUAUGUUUUAUAAAGAUAUCUUGAUUGUUUCACACUUGAUUUUUAAUCAGUUUUUUAUGUAGUGUCAAGGAACAAUCAAACUGUAUGCUGGGGUCUUUAUUCAUUAAAUCUUUUAUUACCUUGUUGAUAUCACAUACUGAUGCUGCCAUUCCAUAUUCAUUUGCACAUUUGUUUAUUAUUGAAUCAUGCUGUAACCAAUGAGACAAAGUGGAGGCCAAAGUUCACAAGACACUUUACAUUAGAAUUUUUAAAUAAAUACAACUGAGUUUACGCACCAUCGCAUUUAAGCGAUCACAAGAACAUUUUGUAUUAUUGUUUAGAAUUGCAAAUAAUGUUUCGGAUGUCAACGGCCAUUUUCAAUGUUUACUCAUUGCUCAGUAAUUUAUGAACUGUAAGCUAAUCUGCAACACAGGACCACUCAACUAGGAAGCCUGGAGGCACUGUUCAUACUUGGAUAGUGAUGGUGCUUUACUUGACAUCUGCGACUGACUGCUAGUGUUCUGUGACAGACCACUCAAGAGUUUCCUUCUUCCCAUAAGCCCUAGGGGCAAGGUCACCUGUAACACAAGCCCUCCACUGGCCCCUUUCUUUCAGUCCCUAGUCAACACAGGCUUUUUCCCAACCCACUUCUUAUUUUCUUAUACCUCACUACUUUUGGCCUGGUCUCUAUGGGCCCUGGUUAGAAGUACAUAUUUCUGUUAUAGUCAUUGUCAUCACAGGGGUUCCCAACCUUUUACCCCGGGGCCAAAUCUUUCCCCAUUAUUGAGCAUGCCAAUGUUAAAUACACUACCAGCCUGAUUUUGUUACAUUCCAGCAAGCAAUUCUUUUAAGUUCAUGUUUUGUAUUUUGCAUCUAUGGCAAUCGUAUAGGUAGGAUUUUUAAUACUGAUAUUAAUAGACCUGAUUUGCCAAAUAUUAUUCUGCUACCAAAUAACAUUUUGUAUUGAUAAUAUCUUUUAAAAAAUCAAUUGAAUUAUACAUGUUUUUUCAAAAUGCUAAAUUCAAACAUUGUAUGCAAGUACUUCACAAGCAAAAUCACAUUUACUGUGGGUCUUCACUUGUCAGAUUAUGGAGACAAACCAAAGAUGUGCAUCAGUCACAUCUUCCCGUGACAAUUUAAAGCUUGUUUGUAGCCUAUAUCAUAUUUGUAAUUGUUCCCUCCUCACAAUAAAGUGUUGCCCAUUGGGUUGA